AUGCAACAACAUCAGCGAUGUGUCGAUAGACGACGAGCUGGACUUAUGAACAGUAAUAAUAAGACAAAAUAUGAUGAUUUUUAUACGAAAUUAGAACGUAUUCGUUUAUCUGCUGCAGCUUUGUCGUCAAAAGUUCUACAUAAUCGCCAAACACUUUCCAAUAAUCAAAGAAUAAUACCAACGUUUCGAACAGCACAAUCACAUCGUUCUCCUUAUUAUGAAUAUGAACAAGAUCGAUAUCGAUUAGAUUUUCCAUUACAAUCAUCUACAUCUUCAACAAUAAAUAUUUCCGAUUGUGCAUUUGAAAGUGUUAGCAUAUUAUCUCUCUCUGAUCAAACAACACUUGAUAGUACAAAUAGUCUAACACAUAAAAAAAGAACAAUUGUUCCAUCAUCAAUAACUGUUAUUGAACGUAAUGCAAGAAUAAUUAAAUGGCUUUUUCAAUUACAUAAAGCUAAUGAAUUACCUUCUUUUCAAUGUAAUUAA